AUGAGGGGAGUCGUUUUUCUGUCUCUCGUCCUGCUGCAACCAUCCUUCGUGCCGCGGGGGUCUGCGGAGAGCGAGCGCACUUGGUGCCGCGGUUCUGGGCCCUGCUACAGCGCCCACCUGGGCAGCCUGAACUUCCACCAGGCCCAGGACGCCUGCGCACAGCUCGGGGGAGGCCUGAGCACAGCCAGCGGCGAAGCCGAAAUCCAAGCCCUCCUUGCUCUGCUGACCGGGGUCUCCAACGGGUCGGGCACCUCCUUGUUCUGGCUCGGCCUGGUUCGCAAGGCCCAGCAGUGCACCCUGGAAGACUUGCCGCUCCGGGGCUUCUCCUGGGCCUCACCCGGAAUUCAGGCGGGCGCGGCCAACGAGACGACGCACGCGCCCUACUGGGUGAGGGAGCCGAGCAAGUCGUGCACCGUGCAGAAAUGCGCCGGGCUGCAGGUGACCUUGGGACGGCCGGGCCUGGAGCCCUGGGGCCUGAAGGAGCGCGUGUGCACCAAGACAAGCCCGGGUUACAUCUGCAAGUACAGCGACGGGGCCAGCUGCCCGCGGCUCCCGCCGUCUCCGAGCCUUCGCUACACGCUGCCCUCCCGAGUACAAAGCGCGGCCCUGGAGUUCAGCCCCCCAGGCACGGUGGUGACGCUGAAGUGCCCAGGGCGAGAGGCGCGCUUCACCUGCCGCCUCUCACCCAGCGGCUACCAGUGGGAGGGCUCGGAGCACGGCCUCUGCUCCUGCCCCAGCGGCUAUUGGGACCCCAGCAAGGGAGCCUGCGCGGAGCCCUCCAACUGCUUCGACGCCCGAGGGGGCUUCCUUUGCCUGUGCGCUCGGGGUUCCCGCUUGGGGGCAAAUGCCACGUCCUGCGUCGUGCCGGCGGCGGGAGCUGGAGCGGGCACUGCCGGGCCUCCCUUACGUCUCCCCACUACUAGCAGAGCUUUCACUUCCAACAGCACUGGCCGGCCAGCUGGGAACUAUUCCCUGGAGCUCGUUCCUCCUGGGGUGGGCAACGGAACGGAGUCGUCUUCUGCUUACCACGACUCUUCCAACUAUGUCUUCAUCCUGAUCACGGUGGCCGUGGUGAUGCUGGUGAUCCUAGUCAUGGCCAUGCUGGAGAUCUUCCAGGUCUGCUUCACGAAGUGCUCCUGCAGGGGAUCGCAGGCCAACAAGAAGGGAGCGCCCUCCUCCGCUGCGGAGGGCGACCCAGAGGCCUCUGCCAUCCGCACCAACUCUGCCCAUUCCCUGGGGCCAAGCCAGGCAGAGUCUGUAGAGGCGCUGCAGCAUGACCCCAGCCCAGAUGCUGAGCAGGGGGAACUGGGACAGCCAUAAGGUAAUGGAGGCAAUGUGCUAGAGAGGAUGAACUAGCGUUCAGAGAAGAAUCCUCCUUCAGGGGAUGUGGGCCACCAGGAAAGAAGUGGAUACUUCAUUUUUGUUUGAUAGGAGGCUUCUUACUGCCUGAGGAAACAGGCUGGUUCAUGGUGCCCGGCCGGGGCAGCAUGCACUGGUGACAUCCCUGAUCCCUCCCCAGCCUCCAAAGCAGACUUAUCCUCUAGGUCACCUAGGAAAAAGAAGGAAGGAAAAAAUGACAGAAGAAAGAGAGCAAGCAGAGUACUGUUAUUCCUGGGAUGCCCAAGCUAGUGAAAGAGUAGCAGGUGUUGUUGCAAAAGCUGCUGUCACCUCUACUCACUUGUCUGGGCACUCUCUCUGGCUAGAAUAGCUGCUGGGAUCACUCUUCUGGGCAGUGCUGGGGGUUUGUGCUGCACCACCCAGAAGAAAAGCGCGACAAAGGCAGCUCUGCAGUCACUUGCUUUCCUAUUCUCUCUGUCUGUCUCUCUUUUUGGACAUGCCUGCUCCUCAUGGUUGCAUUUUUGUAAAGCUCACAGCUGGGACUAUUGGGGAGCGCAGAAAUAUAAAACAUAUAAUGAAACGAUCGUAUUCAUAUUUGUUAAGUGACUUGUCUAAUAGUACAAUCCUAUGCAAGUUUACCUGGGAGUAAGGCACUUACUCCCAGUACAUGUGUGGGACUGAGGUUGAAGAUAAUUUAUGUCGAAUCAUAUGUUGCUCUUCCUUCCUUCCAUUCUCUUGGGUGCCAGUGCUACUCAGUUGCCACAGUGUGUAUCCAUAUGUGCCCAUUAAUCUAUCAUGCUUACAAAAAUCAUCUAAAAUCUAAGUAUUGUGGUUUGAUUGAUUCAUGGAAUGAAUCUCUGAGAGCUAACGGAAGAAGUGUGCACACUAGAUUUUAUGUUGGAAAAGAAUUAAGUGCUCCUCCUUGCUUAAGUGGGAAUUCCAAAAACAUACUGGAAUAUUACUCAAAUGGCUUAUAGAAAUUCAUUGUUUUAAAAGGCUUUCCUCCUUAGGUUGCAUACCUGUUAGCAUUUAACUGAGAGUCUAGCUAAUUGGAUUGCCUUGCUGCAUAUUGGUCUCUCAGUUCAUUGAGGGUCAUCUUUGAAUGCUCUUCUCUAGAUGCCGCCUCCAACUGAGAUGUGCCAGGUAAUGACCAGGGAGAAGACCUUCUUGGUGGUGGAAUGCAGCUUAUGGAGCUCUUCCCAGGGAGGCUUACCUGGCACUUACGUUGUUGUCUUUUCAGCACCAAGGGGUUCUCUCUUUAUUUUCUCUUAACAAACAUUUUAUCCCUGAAUUGACUGAUCUGAUGCUGCUUUUUAUCCUUUGCUUUUAAUGUUGUUAUUUUAUGUAUUUCUGUUUUUCAUAUGGCUAAUUGUUUUAUUUUUGCAUUUGGUAUAAGCUGCCUUGGAAAAUACUAUUUGAAGGCAGGCUACACACAUUUGAAUGAAUGAAAAAUUACUGCUACAUAUAAGUUGUGUAAUGAAAUCUAGAUGUCAUAUUUUUCUUCCUUGCCUACCAGGGAGAGGAGAAAAUUUGGAAAGAAAGAUACAAAUAUGAUGCUGGUAGGAGAGGUUAGGACGAGAAGAAACUUCCUUUGAGUGCAAUUUCCUCCUGCAACUGUUAAUUCAUUGUGAGAGAAAGAAGGGAAGCAGAGGAUUUUUAGUUACUUGCUCACCACCUCCCAGUCCUUUAGAUUCUCCAUCUAGUGGUCUAAGGCUUGAAUAUGGAGGGUGCUGCCUAAAUGUGGCCAUUUCAACCAGUGUCAUUUUGGGCAUGGUCACAGGUCACAGCAACCUACUGCAGUUUAAUUUACCACAGGAUCUGUGGCUUCAUACUGGGUGCCAUUUUUGCAUGGCUUCCAUGGGCACUCAGCUUACUGUGGCUUGUGUUUUAAGAACCUAGGUGGCAGGAGUGCUUUGAGAGUUAGACAAGUCUCACAUAAUCCCUCCAAGAUACAUGAAGCAAUGUUGGACUUUUGUGUCAGGCAAACUAGGCCUUUAAAGUCAGCAUUCAAAAACAUAAUACCAUUGUUCAGAGAAGACUGGCAGCACAAUGACUUACCCAAACUAUCAUAAAUACUGAGUAAGAGAACCCUGUAAUCAGUUUGUCAUUUGACACACAAGCUAAAAUAGGCAUCAGAUGUGUAUUGACUGAAACGUCAUUGUGAAUCCUAAAAUGGGUAUGAGAUGCAAGCAAGUAAUAUCUUAUUUGAGGGUUGUCUAACUCCCAAACACCUGCUGCUGCCUGGAUAUGGCAGGGGAUGGGACAUGGUGAGCUGAGUGUUCAUGGGUGCCCACCAUGAUUUGACAGCCCCUGCAGGGAAGUUCAGCUGACAGUUUGGUAAGACAGCGGUAUUUUUGUGAGAGGAAAAAAGAAAAUUAAUGCAUGAUUGAUGUAUAACUCAUUGUGAGUGUGAUAAAAGCCAUUCAUUAAUUUUUAUUGAUCCUGUUUCUAAUUAGAGUUAAUGGUUAAGUAUGUUAUUUGUAAAAUGAGAGAGAAAUUUGGGAUUUGAUGAUUUAAAGCAAAAUGAGCAUUGAUCCUCCCCCCCACCUCUGAAUUCUCAUUUUGGGACAAAUUGAUUGAAUCAUAAUCUCUGGGGUCUAACCAAAUGGUCUACACAAGCAUAGGAAAGCUGGAUAGCCAGCAACUUCACAGUGAGGGGAGAAGAGAGAUUAGAGCAAAGAAACAGAAGGUAGGAAUACUUAAACUUUUCAUUUUGGCUUUUCCCCUUCUGAUUGUUUUUUCCCUUCUGUGUGGCUCCAGACACAUUUUUGUAAGUCAGCAUGAAUCAGGAUUGAUGAUUGAACAAUCUAAUGGUCUGAAAUGUAAGCACUGUAGCCUGAUUGACAAAUGGAACAGAUACUCGUACAUAAGAACUAGUGAGAGAAGUUGGAACUAGCAAGAAUGCAACAUUACCUUAUUAAUGCAAGAUCUGUAUGGAGUUCUCAUUUCUUAAGUGAAAAUACUGAAAAUACACCCAGGUGAUACUUCACUGUGGUCAGAAAGCAGAAAGACAAAAAAUAGAUUUCAGAACAGAUUCUCCACUGAGAAAGCAAGUAUUACAGACCACACCUGGCCUUUCUGGAGGACAUCAAAAUAAACUUUAUUGUAUUCGUCUAACAGACUGAUAUUACAUAGUACCAGGGCUAUCUAAAUCUAUUGAUUUCAGUGGGUUUAAUACACCUAGGUGGGAUUCAGCUGUCAAUGCACCAGCAAAACUAGCCAACAGAAAAGUCCUUAAUUUCCAACCACAUUUUUGCAAAAACAUGCAUAAAAUGUCUAAAAUAUAUUUUAUAUCAUUAAGUCUUCAAAGGCUGCUAAUGUUCAACUAUGAAGGGCAACUACUAUUGGGCACAGAAGGCCCAUUAAUAUUGCAAAGGAUGGGACUGCCCAGUCCUCUUAUCUAGUAAAAGGGAACACAGUAUAUUCUCUUGUCACCCAUUAAAUCUUAUUUCUAGACCAUUAAUUCCUUCUAAGAUACUUCAAAAUGGUUAUAGACAUCUUGAAGCAAAAGGGGAAUGUAAGCUAUGAUUAUUAAUAUAUGAUGAAUAUUUGAUGAUUUAUCUUCAUCACAUAAUCAGGAAUAAAAUUCAAAUCCUCAAAAAGACAUUAGUAAUAUUUUAAACUACAGAGAACUUGAUUAACUGUGCUAUGGGAUUAAAGAGAAAUCAAAAGGUGGCUAGAGGCAAAAUUCAAAAACUUCAAAGAACUUUUAAAAAAGAACUUUUAAGUACUGCAGUUUAACAAAGAUUUUGUAAAGUGAGUGAUCUGACUAUUUUGCUAUCAUUUGGAGAAUUUCUAUAACUGUAUCAGAAAAGCUUCAUCUUCCAAUAUCUCAGUUCUAAAGACAUUCACACCAAAGGUGAUCUUCAUGUGUUGCUUGUUAUGAGGAUGGGAUGUCACACAAUGUUCCUCCAAUCUCUAGUGUACAUGAUGAAUGCACCAGAUCUGAAUGGAGAUGUGCAAGCUACUCCAGAACCAUUUACUACAAGCAAUAAUAUGUUACUAAAGGAAGAGGUCAGCUUGUGACCUUCUAGAUGUUUUGACCUAUAUCUUCCAUCAUCUCUAAUGAUUAUCUGUGUUGGUCAGGCUUGAUAAGAGUGAUAGGACUACUUAUGGAGUGCCAAAUAAUGCCCACCCCUAUAGCAGAACUAGAUUAGUUUUAGUGGCCCUGUUUCAAGUAGCUUAAAUGUCUAUAGGUCUGCAUGUGACCACAUUUCUUUUUGUACCAAAGAGGCAACAUUUUGGGAGAACUCAAUAAGCCUAGGCAUACUGUGUAACCUGAUGUCAUUACACAGUGACCUGGUUUAUAUGACAUGAGAGCCCAUUGUGGCUUAAUUUAUUCAUGUGGCUGUCACAUUGUGCUGGGUCACUUGUCCUGUUAGUGGCAGGGGGUUGUUCAAAGGAUAGAUUACGAUGGCUUGUUUUGGGAUUAAGGAAGUCCUAUUGGUUGAAUCCUAGGUUUGCAGGUUUAGUUAAAAUGAAGGUGUUGAUAAUUAUAUGUGUUAAUACCAUGUAUUCCUGUAGAGGUCUAAGUACUGCUAAAGUCUUAGCAUAUAUCACAAAUUGUUUUAAUAGUGUUACAGAUGUUAUUUUGAAGGCGUCCAAACGUGCCCAAAAAGUUGCUUGAAGAAGUGUUGAAUAAGUGCCAGUUAGGCAGCUUAGAUUACAUUUGUAGCUUGAAAACGUACAUUUAUACAAUAUAAAGCCAAUGCAGCGGAAUUAUGUGUUUACUGCAAAUGCUGCCAACUUGGAUUUAUUAUGUGUUGUCAUUUCCAGAGGGCCAAACAAACUAAAAAUAUUUUAGUUUAGGUACUAACAUUCAAGGUAGUUAGGAUCCAGUUUCAGAAUCAGAAUCCAUUCACCAUGUAAUGUAUAUGUGCUAAUGGGAAGCACAUAACCUCCAAAGAGAUAAAGAAAAUUCAGAGAAAGGAAGAGAAGAUAUUACAAAUGUUAGUGGAACAUCCAUGCUUUGCUGUUGUCUGACAGAUACAUAUUUCUGUGGAAGUUCAAUUCUUUAAGAACUCUUAAUAAUGCCAUUUGGCCCUGGUGACUUCUUAAAUUUUAAUUUGUCAAUAAGGCUUGGACCUUAAUCUCUUACCAUUUUUGCAUUGGGAGUUCAGCUUUUGUUCUUAAAAGUGGCCAUUCAGGCACAUGUAACUGCCCUACUGCUGCUAUUCUGAUGCUUGAUUAGUGCUCACAGUGUGGCAAUUGCAUUUAUGCAAUAUGCUGUUGAGAGCAAUAUAUCAAACACAGGAAAGAAACAGUUGUCCAUAGGGCUUAGGUACUCUGAUGUCACCCUUCUUGGUCAUUCAUUCUUUUGCUUGUUUGUUCAUUCUAGAUAAGAUACCCUAUUAAUUAGAUAAUAAAUGUGAGUUUCCUCAUGAAUGCAUCUGUGGUGCUUGCAGUCUGUACUUCCAUUUUUGAAGAUUUUCAGUAACUAGAGUAACUAGUUUUGUAACUAGAGGUGAGGCAUGAAUGUCCUUGAAAUGGUUCAGGCCAAAUGUAAUGCAGUCAUAACCUGUGUUACCAUGUAACUUUACAUGGUGAAGUCCAUCAUGACAUGGAAACAGUAGGCAGGCAAGAAGUACAUGAAACCUGACAUUGACCAUAAUAGUACCUUUGGAUUAAUACAUUAACUCUGUGGGUAGAGCACAUGCUUUAUGUAUAGCUUUAAAAUGUGCUCAGUAAGGCUAUUUAUCAUGCAAGGGGUGGGGGGAACACAUGCAGGUAUACAAAAAAUACAAUUAGAGUAUGUUUCCACAGGGUGUUUCUCCAGUCUUCCUAAAAAUUCUGCUGCCCUUUAUUUUUCAAUAAUGUGUACACUUUGGUUCUAAACAGUGUUUUGGAUCUCUUGACCCUAUCAGGGUGAUACCAUAUAUUUAGGCAUAAUAUUGAUUUGCUGAGCUCCCUUGAUGGAUGUGUGUUCUGAAUUUUCCUUUUUUGACUGAGCAUGCUAUUUUAUUAUGAGAGUUACAGGAACUACCCAUUUAGGCCAUUAUGUUUCCAACCUUCUACUCCUAAAGCUCCUGUUGAGCCUUAAUUGGCUCUCUGAUUAAAAUAAGGAUACAUCUUCAUUUCAUUAAAACAUUCCAGCUCAUGAAUAUGUAACAGUUUAUAUCUUUAAAAAGUUAAACUAGGUGGCACAAGAACCCACAAACUGUUUUUUAUGAGAAUGUGCAUACAUAGUGAGUAUUUUAUAUGUGAAACAAAUACAGUAAAAUUUCAGAAUGAUUUCCUGAAUCAGAAAUGAAUGUUGAAAAGGGGCCAUGCAAUCUAUCCUUUCCUGAGGUAUGCAAACCAAUUACUUGGUAUUCCUCUCUCCUUGAUAAAGUGAAUAUUUUAAGAUAGAUUGUUUCCUAACACCAAAUACCUUAAAAUAUUUCAACAUAACAAAAGGAAUUAAUGCAUAAUACAUGUAUUCCUCUAAAAAAUUCCUGUAGAGAAUCUUGAGCAAGUGAAGAGAUCUGAGAGCAGCACAUGUCUGCAAUAACUGGGGAAGGCAAGUUGCUCGUCUGUUACUGUCAUUCUUCAAGUGGUCAUGUGUGGUCACCCCACUGGACACAAUGGGAGUUACUUCUGAGUAGACAUGUUUCAGAUUGCACUAUUAAUUGUUGAACCUUCAUUUCUUUCUCCUAAUAAAUUUAUGUCUCCAUCUUUUAGUCCAGUGGGACUUCGUGCAAGAGAGAUCUACAUUGUUGGAUGCAUAAUGAGAAGAACGUUAUUUUAUUUGCCUCCAUAGAUUUGCAAUUCAUUUUUUUCAGUUACUAACUCCUGAAGUAUAGUACAAUUCUCAGAAAUUAUAGAGGCAAAACACAAAGCAAUUCUUUCAUUAAAAUGAAAUUUCUUUUAUGUUUCUAUUGUUUCUUUGAUUCUUAUAUAUGUUCUUUAUUUGUCUGCUAAUUUCUCAGAGGCUGGGUUGUAAUGGAUUUUUAAGCAUUUUGAUUCCUGUUAUUUCAACCAAAUGAAAUAAAACAGUCAAACUGUA